UCGCGCUUUUUGUAGAUCCUAUCGAUUGAUCCCUAACAUUCGUACUCUGAUACCAAAAACUAUCGGGACACGUACAAUGGCCACCGAAACUGCAGAUUCACUCACUGCUGAAAUUGCACAAGCAACAAUUGCACUGAACGAUCUCCGACUACAAAAUGCCGAGGCGUCCAGUAUAGACGCUGCCAAGAAGAGACUGGGUGAACUGAAGAAAACAAUGGCUGCGAUUUCCAAUGCAGGCGGGAGCAAGGAUGCCGGGAAGAAGAAGGAACGGCUACUCCUCAAAACCGCAAAGGGCACGCGGGAUUAUGGCUCAGCGGAGAUGUUCUGCCGGGAACAUGUCGAGCGUAUCGUAAAGGAUGCGUUCACGUCCUACGGCGGGAGCGCUCUCGACACGCCUGUGUUCGAGCGCAAGGAUGUGCUUGCUGGAAAGUACGGCGAGGACCAGAAACUCAUUUUUGACUUGAUGGAUCAGGGUGGUGAACAGCUUGCGCUUCGCUACGAUCAUACCGUUCCCCUGGCACGGUAUCUAGCUAUGGCUGGGGCUACGAUUCAAGGGAAGAUUUGGCAAGUCGGCAAGGUCUAUCGGAGAGACAACCCUGUUGUGUCCAAAGGCCGAAUGCGCGAGUUCUCGCAAGCGGAUUUGGACAUCACAGGUGUCUGGGACCCAAUGAUCCCAGAUGCUGAGAUUAUCAGUCUUCUAUGCACUAUCUUGACGAGAUUGGAGGUUGGAGAAUUUACGAUCAAGCUAAACCACCGUAAAAUCCUUGAUGGGAUAUUCGAGGUUUGCGGUGUGCCACAGGACAAGAUUCGAACGAUAUCCUCGGCUGUGGACAAGUUGGACAAGCUUCCCUGGCUAGAAGUAAAGAAAGAAAUGACAGAAGAGAAGGGACUUUCUCCAGAUGUUGCUGAUAAGAUCGGGGAGUAUGUCAAGCACAAAGGUGGCCCGUCGUUGCUCGACCUUCUGAAAGUAGAUGCAAGUCUGAUGGCAAACCCGAGCGCGAAGCAGGGCAUUGCAGACAUGGACAUUCUCUUUACUCUCCUGCGAGCUUAUAAAGUGCUCGACAAAAUCUCAUUCGACAUGUCUCUCGCUCGUGGUCUAGACUAUUAUACUGGUAUUAUCUACGAAGCGACCGUCGAAGCAUCAGCACCACCAGGAUUUGCCGCAAAUGCAAACGACACCGCUGCCCCUGCUCCCUCAAAAACGAAGCCAUCCAAAAAAGCCAAAGCUGAUGACGGCGAAGAGGAUGAACUAGAUGAAUCGCAGGUUGGUGUCGGGUCUAUCGCUGCUGGUGGUCGAUACGAUAACUUGGUCGGUAUGUUCACUGCCGCGGCUGCUGGUGAGGGGAAGAAGGCGCCAGGGCUCCCAUGCAUUGGAGUGAGCAUUGGUCUUGACCGGAUCUUUGCGAUUGUGUGGCCAAAAUGGGUGGAGAAGGGGAUGCGGAGUAAGGAGACGAUGGUGUAUGUGAUGGCUGCUGGUGAUGGCUUACUGGAAGAGCGAAUCACGCUCGUGCAAGAGCUUAGAGAAGCGGGCAUAAAGACCGACUUCCUCGCAAAGAAGAAGCCAAAGCUCACUGCGCAGUUCAUGGCUGGAGAAAAGGAUGAAGUUCCUUUUGCUGUUAUUUUGGGCGGCGAUGAACUCAAGGAAGGUUUGGUGACCGUUAAAGAACAGAAGUGGGAGUUCGUAGAUGGGAAGAAGACAAAGGUCCAGUCGGCAGAUCAGGGUAUGAAGGUGCGGCGAGACGAACUUGUCAAUUGGAUCAAGCAAAGUGCGACAUAUCAAGGCUGGUCGAGCGGUCGACUUAUCUAGGAAGAACAUUUCAUCAUACCCUGUAAUGCAUAGAUUAUCGAUACUCUAGGACAUAGACACAAGUGGCGUGACAUUGUGUACCCGUGUUUGUCCUGUGAAUACUUUGUAAUGAGGUCUCAACUUUUCCUGCUUUCUUCUCUCAA